AUAACAGAUGUGAGAAUCGUGCAAGUUCUUUCUGUAGUGGCCUUUUGAGGAAAGAAGAAGGCAGUACGCAUGUGUCGGUUUACAGUCAGCUCAAUUAACAGAUGAGGCUGAAAGUGCGUUACCUGCUUUUUGGGGGUUGGGUAAUUGUGGAUUGUUGGGGAUUCAGAGUUUGGGGACAUUGGAUAAAGGCCGGUAAUUGGGCCUCCGGUAACCUCACUCACACGAUGAAACAUAACGCAAGCGUUGUUUCACGUCGGUUUUCUGCUCGGCCGUGGUAUCACUCCGGUCAAGCCACCCACUUUUCACUAUUUAUGUUAUGAGUCCCAUGUAA